UGCAGCGUUCAAGUAAUGUCCGUCCAAAUAAGGUCCGAUAAGGGCAACAUGUUGGUAUUGUGUGUGGUCGGACUAGUUAUAUUAGCUACAACAACCAACGCUGGGGAUGAAGAGACUACGCCGUUUACUGCUGUUUCCUUCACCCAUGCGAGUACUUACGCUUACACCAUCCCCGGCGAGGUUGUCAAAGAGGGUCAAAAAAGCGGCUCUGGUAAUGAAAAAGACAAAACGACCGUUGAAGAAGGAUUAGAUGGAAAAGUGAAUGGUAGAUAUACUAGAUGGAAACUGGGUGAAUGUUCGGCUACAUGUGGAGGAGGCAAGCAAACCGGAACAAGGACGUGCACCAAUCCUGCUCCUUCUAAUGGUGGUGCAGAUUGUGCUGGUCCUGCCACAAAAACUAAAAGAUGUAACAAACACAGCUGCGAUACAGUAUUCUGUGACCAAGCAAAGGAAAAGUGUGACGAAGACGUGAAGGGUUGUGGUAAGCCAUACACAAAGUUAAUCAAGACAUGUAGAUCUGAGAGAUUUGACCAUAAAACCUGUAGUGACGAGUGCAAGACGGCGGUUCAAAGUUCCAUGAUGCUCUACCCUGCACUGGAGGAAUACUUCAAAUGUAAAUGUCAACCUAAAGCCAAGAAAUGUAAAAAGGAGAAAUGCAAAUUCUUGUCAGCUUGUUUAGGAGGAGAAUGUGACGAGAAGAUAAAAGAGAAGAAACCCAAGGGCAAUAAAAAGAAAGAUGAAGAUGGAGAUGACGAACAAGAUGAAAGUGAAAGUUCGAGCACAUCGUUUGGAAAAGGAGUGGGACGAGGUAAAGGAAGGUACAAGAAGGUAAACAAAAAGAAGGAACCGACUGAGCCACCGACAGAACCAGAGGGACCAGACGCUAUUUGCUCGGAAGCAACCUUUCUGACGGCUGCCGGAUGUCAACCAUGUGGAAAAAACAGUUACCUUUCAAAUGGGGGGUGUGUAAGUUGUCCUGAAGGAAUGAUAUCAGAAGUUGGUUCUACAUCAGAAAAUGACUGUGUUUUUGCUCCCUGCUCGGCUGGAAGCUACAUGACGGAUAGUGGAUGUCAGCAAUGUGGAGAUAACUCUUUCAGUGCUGCUGGAGCUUAUUCAUGUUCUGAGUGUCCGGACGACAUGGUAUCAGCUGCCGGUUCUACAUCAGAGGGUGAUUGCGUUUAUGCUCCCUGCUCGGCUGGAAGCUUCAUGACGGAAAGUGGAUGUCAGCAAUGUGGAGAUAACUCUUUCAGUGCUGCUGGAGCUUCUUCAUGUUCUGAGUGUCCGGAAGACAUGGUCUCAGCUGCUGGUUCUACAUCAGAGGAUGAUUGCGUUUAUGCUCCCUGCUCGGCUGGAAGCUACAUGACGGAAAGUGGAUGUCAGCAAUGUGGAGAUAACUCUUUCAGUGCUGCUGGAGCUUCUUCAUGUUCUGAGUGUCCGGAAGACAUGGUCUCAGCUGCUGGUUCUACAUCAGAGGAUGAUUGCGUUUAUGCUCCCUGCUCGGCUGGAAACUACAUGACGGAAAGUGGAUGUCAGCAAUGUGGAGAGAACUCUUUCAGUGCUGCUGGAGCUUCUUUAUGUUCUAAGUGUCCGGAAGACAUGGUCUCAGCUGCUGGUUCUACAUCAGAGGAUGAUUGCGUUCAUGCUCCCUGCUCGGCUGGAAACUACAUGACGGAAAGUGGAUGUCAGCAAUGUGGAGAUAACUCUUUCAGUGCUGCUGGAGCUUCUUCAUGUUCUAAGUGUCCGGAAGACAUGGUCUCAGCUGCUGGUUCUACAUCAGAGGAUGAUUGCGUUUAUGCUCCCUGCUCGGCUGGAAGCUUCAUGACGGAAAGUGGAUGUCAGCAAUGUGGAGAUAACUCUUUCAGUGCUGCUGGAGCUUCUUCAUGUUCUGAGUGUCCGGAAGACAUGGUCUCAGCUGCUGGUUCUACAUCAGAGGAUGAUUGCGUUUAUGCUCCCUGCUCGGCUGGAAGCUUCAUGACGGAAAGUGGAUGUCAGCAAUGUGGAGAUAACUCUUUCAGUGCUGCUGGAGCUUCUUCAUGUUCUGAGUGUCCGGAAGACAUGGUCUCAGCUGCCGGUUCUACUUCAGAGGAUGAUUGCGUUUAUGCUCCCUGCUCGGCUGGAAACUACAUGACGGAAAGUGGAUGUCAGCAAUGUGGAGAGAACUCUUUCAGUGCUGCUGGAGCUUCUUUAUGUUCUAAGUGUCCGGAAGACAUGGUCUCAGCUGCUGGUUCUACAUCAGAGGAUGAUUGCGUUCAUGCUCCCUGCUCGGCUGGAAACUACAUGACGGAAAGUGGAUGUCAGCAAUGUGGAGAUAACUCUUUCAGUGCUGCUGGAGCUUCUUCAUGUUCUAAGUGUCCGGAAGACAUGGUCUCAGCUGCUGGUUCUACAUCAGAGGAUGAUUGCGUUUAUGCUCCCUGCUCGGCUGGAAACUACAUGACGGAAAGUGGAUGUCAGCAAUGUGGAGAGAACUCUUUUAGUGCUACUGGAGUUUCUUCAUGUUCUAAGUGUCCGGAAGACAUGGUCUCAGCUGCUGGUUCUACAUCAGAGGAUGAUUGCGUUUAUGCUCCCUGCUCGGCUGGAAGCUUCAUGACGGAAAGUGGAUGUCAGCAAUGUGGAGAUAACUCUUUCAGUGCUGCUGGAGCUUCUUCAUGUUCUGAGUGUCCGGAAGACAUGGUCUCAGCUGCUGGUUCUACAUCAGAGGAUGAUUGCGUUUAUGCUCCCUGCUCGGCUGGAAGCUUCAUGACGGAAAGUGGAUGUCAGCAAUGUGGAGAUAACUCUUUCAGUGCUGCUGGAGCUUCUUCAUGUUCUGAGUGUCCGGAAGACAUGGUCUCAGCUGCCGGUUCUACUUCAGAGGAUGAUUGCGUUUAUGCUCCCUGCUCGGCUGGAAGCUUCAUGACGGAAAGUGGAUGUCAGCAAUGUGGAGAUAACUCUUUCAGUGCUGCUGGAGCUUCUUUAUGUUCUGAGUGUCCGGAAGACAUGGUCUCAGCUGCUGGUUCUACAUCAGAGGAUGAUUGUGUUUAUGCUCCCUGCUCGGCUGGAAGCGUUAUGACAGAAAGUGGAUGUCAGCAAUGUGGAGAUAACUCUUUCAGUGCUGCUGGAGCUUCUUCAUGUUCUGAGUGUUCGGAAGACAUGGUCUCAGCUGCCGGUUCUACUUCAGAGGAUGAUUGCGUUUAUGCUCCCUGCUCGGCUGGAAGCUUCAUGACGGAAAGUGGAUGUCAGCAAUGUGAAGAGAACUCUUUCAGUGCUGCUGGAGUUUCUUUAUGUUCUGAGUGUUCGGAAGACAUGGUCUCAGCUGCCGGUUCUACUUCAGAGGAUGAUUGCGUUUAUGCUCCCUGCUCGGCUGGAAGCUUCAUGACGGAAAGUGGAUGUCAGCAAUGUGGAGAUAACUCUUUCAGUGCUGCUGGAGCUUCUUCAUGUUCUGAGUGUCCGGAAGACAUGGUCUCAGCUGCCGGUUCUACAUCAGAGGAUGAUUGCGUUUAUGCUCCCUGCUCGGCUGGAAGCUUCAUGACGGAAAGUGGAUGUCAGCAAUGUGGAGAUAACUCAUUCAGUGCUGCUGGAGCUUCUUCAUGUUCUAAGUGUCCGGAAGACAUGGUCUCAGCUGCUGGUUCUACAUCAGAGGAUGAUUGCGUUUAUGCUCCCUGCUCGGCUGGAAACUACAUGACGGAAAGUGGAUGUCAGCAAUGUGGAGAGAACUCUUUUAGUGCUACUGGAGUUUCUUCAUGUUCUAAGUGUCCGGAAGACAUGGUCUCAGCUGCUGGUUCUACAUCAGAGGAUGAUUGCGUUUAUGCUCCCUGCUCGGCUGGAAGCUUCAUGACGGAAAGUGGAUGUCAGCAAUGUGGAGAGAACUCUUUCAGUGCUGCUGGAGCUUCUUCAUGUUCUGAGUGUCCGGAAGACAUGGUCUCAGCUGCUGGUUCUUCAUCAGAGGAUGAUUGCGUUUAUGCUCCCUGCUCGGCUGGAAACUACAUGACGGAAAGUGGAUGUCAGCAAUGUGGAGAGAACUCUUUCAGUGCUGCUGGAGCUUCUUCAUGUUCUGAGUGUCCGGAAGACAUGGUCUCAGCUGCUGGUUCUACAUCAGAGGAUGAUUGCGUUUAUGCUCCCUGCUCGGCUGGAAACUACAUGACGGAAAGUGGAUGUCAGCAAUGUGGAGAGAACUCUUUCAGUGCUGCUGGAGCUUCUUCAUGUUCUGAGUGUCCGGAAGACAUGGUCUCAGCUGCCGGUUCUACAUCAGAGGAUGAUUGCGUUUAUGCUCCCUGCUCGGCUGGAAGCUUCAUGACGGAAAGUGGAUGUCAGCAAUGUGGAGAUAACUCAUUCAGUGCUGCUGGAGCUUCUUCAUGUUCUAAGUGUCCGGAAGACAUGGUCUCAGCUGCUGGUUCUACAUCAGAGGAUGAUUGCGUUUAUGCUCCCUGCUCGGCUGGAAACUACAUGACGGAAAGUGGAUGUCAGCAAUGUGGAGAGAACUCUUUUAGUGCUACUGGAGUUUCUUCAUGUUCUAAGUGUCCGGAAGACAUGGUCUCAGCUGCUGGUUCUACAUCAGAGGAUGAUUGCGUUUAUGGUAAGAAAAAUGCUAUAUCUUAA